CUAAAUUUGGUUAAUUGUUGUCUCUCAUCCCAUUCAGUAAUGCUGUAAUAUUUAUUUUAUUUACUUUAUAUUUAUUUAUUUUGGCGAGGAGUAUGUACAAGUCUGUAGUUCCCUAAAAACGCAGACCGAGAAUGAAUGAAUGAAUGAAUGAGAGAAUAGAUGGGGGGCAGUGCGAUGGAGAUGGUUAUGGCUAUGAUGGUGGUGCUGAUUCCCUCGCUGUGUUGUGCUGCGAGUAGGAGGAACGUCGUGAUCGAUGUCAAAGGAGCGCCUGAGUCUGUGGUGUGGGCGGUUCAGCUUUCUGAUCUCCAUUUCAGUGUCCACCAUCCCCAAAGAGCAACCGACUUCUCCAACCUUGUGGGCCCUGCUCUCUCCAUGAUCAAUCCUUCUCUCGUCCUCAUCACUGGUGACCUCACUGUAACACUGGUUUCAUUUUCCUUAUCUCCAUCCACAUUAGACGGGAAAAGCAAGGAUUUGUUAACAAUGAAACAAAAUGAGGACGAGUGGGCGGAAUACCAGUCUGUAAUGAAUAAUGUUAUCGAAAGGAGUGGACUGGACAAGAGUGCCUUCUAUGAUCUUAGAGGGAACCACGAUAACUUUGGUGUCCCAGUCGUUGGUGGUGCCUUUGAUUUCUUUUCAAAGUACAGCAUCAAUGGGCAGUUGGGCAGAGCUGGGAAUCUUAACAGUGUCACUCUUCAGACUGGUGACCAGAAGCAUCUAUUUGUUGGAGUUGAUACCACUAUGUCUGUUGGUGUUCGAGGUCCAACUAAUCUUUUCGGGCAUCCCACUGAUCAACUAUUGUCUGAUUUAGACAUGGAGCUCUCCCAGUGGGAUUCUCAAUCAAAAGAGCCAAUCACCAAGAUUGCAUUCGGGCAUUUCCCUCUUUCAUUCUCGGCAACCUCACAUUCUGGGAAGAGCCUAAAAGAUAUAUUCCUCAAUCAAUCCAUAUCUGCUUAUAUAUGCGGCCACCUGCAUGCAAGGUUUGGUAAAAAUUUGAAGAGACACCAUCAGUCAAGUCAUGUGUUUCCAUUUUUGCCAGAAUUUUUCCAGCUUAAUGUACACCAACUGUCUUCUGAUCCUCCUGUUAAUUGUUCAACUGAUGCCCCACCGGCCAACGAAUUCUGGGAGUGGGAGAUGGGCGACUGGAGGAGGAGCAGAGCCAUGCGAGUUUUGGCCAUUGAUAGAGGUCAUGUUUCAUAUGUUGAUCUUGACUUCAAGUUAGGCACCAAGAAAACUAUCAUAUUACCAACUUUUCCUCUGGAUUCACGGCUCAUGUCAACAUCUUCAUCCAGUCAUGAAUAUGAAUGUCAUGCUAGGGGACUUGUAUAUUUUGAGGCAAUUAGAGCCCUGGUGUUUUCUGUUUCUCCACUUGUUUCAGUUACUGCUAAAAUUUAUGACACAAGACCUGGAUAUCUGAGUUUGGUAUUGGAGGGACCCAUGAUAAAGCUUGAGCAUAACACCUCCAGGGGAGACCUUUAUAUUGCUCGAUGGAAUUAUAGAGCUUUUGAGGAUCCAUCUCCAGAUAGAUAUUGGUUGCAAAUAGAAGCAAAUGACUUUAUGGGAAGAUCGACAUUAAGUGAUCUGAGGCCGUUUUCUGUUAAUGGUCUUAGUACUAAGCUUUCAUGGACAUGGAAGGAGUUUAUGGUCAUGGGUUGUCAGUGGGCUGCAUUAUAUUACCCAAUGCUGUGGUCUGCUGUAUACUUUUUACUCUUGAUUCUCCUUAUUCCAAAAGCUUUCCUCAUGUUCCCAAAUAAGCAUUUUGCUUACAAGAACAAGGGCUUGCUAAAUAUAUUAGUGUGGGUUUUACAGGAGCUUUGCAGGGUUGCCCUUUCGUGGUAUGGUUUAUUAGGAUACGUAUUUUACCUCGUAUUAUUCCCAUGGUUCAUUGGGCAAGUGUUCACUGACGGCAAGGAUAAAGGAUACAUGACCUGUAUGGGCUGGGUGGUUCAAUCUUUCAAUGAAGAUGGAAAACAUGAAUACGUGGGAUCUCCAGAUGUAAUGGUGGUUGUUCUUCCACAUCUCUUGUUUGUAGUUUUUCCUGCUAUUAUUGUCAGUGGAGCUUUAGCUGCUGAAAAACAGAUAUACCGGGAACAUGUUCUUUCACUUUCAGGAAAGAAAGAAGAUGAUCCUGAUCAAGAAGGAAACAGAUCUUUAAUGUAUGGUUAUGGAGGCAGUAGAAAAUCAAAUUCCUGUGUUGGAGACCGGUGGAUUCGGAAAGUUCUUUUGGUUAUUUGCUUUGCUAUUUGUGGGAAGCAUUUUAUGACCUGCAGGGUUCUCAUGAAAGCUUACGAGAUGAAUCCCAUAAUCAAUUUUCCAGGAUAUAGCCUCACAAUUCCAAUAAUAUUGGCCUAUACUGUCUACAGAACUAGGAGAAGUGUGUAAUACUGCAGAGCAAAGAUGUACUCACAUUCUCAUAUGCUGUGUAAGCAGUCCUCAGUUACAUAAAUAUGUAGGACUCAUGUCAUGCAGACUGACUAGCCGGAAGAAAUAUGCUCAACCGAAGCACCGAACAUCCAGGGAUUAAGAAAUCGAAGUUAGCGUAGCUGCUUGUUGUACUGUAAAAGUUAACCUUAUCUUUUUUCCUGGGAAAUUCUGUAACUUUUCUUUUAUAAUUUUAAAGAAAU